ACUAGAACACACAUAUGCUUGCAUGCCACCCUCUGCAACCUUUUGAAACAUUCUUUUUCUCAGUUAUACAUGUUUACUCCCUAUUUCUCAAGUACAAAUCAUAAUAAAAUAGUGUAUGGCAGUGUGCUGUAUGCACUAUGUGCAUUAUGAUCCAUGUGUGUCAUGACUUUAAUAGCUCCGUAUGCAUUGAGCCAUAGUUCACUAAACACACCAAGGUCAGAGACCCAAGUCCCAUUCUGAAUAGCUACACUAUGUGCACUUCUGGCAAUGAGACUUCAGACGGAAGAGUGGGCCAAAUUUCGAAUGCAUGAUGACAUAAAAUAGCCUCUUGACUUUAUAGGAUGGUGACAAACUAAUGGAACAUUUAGCCAAGGCUACAAUCAAAGAUUUUCCAUUUGCACAGUGUGAAACACUUGUUGACUGACAGUAAAUGGUAAUCUCAUGAGGUAUUAGUUUAGGGACAGAGGCCCACAUAAACUCACUGCCAUCAAACAUGCCCGGGCAGUCUCAAUGAGGAUCCAAGAGUUCUGCUAUUGCAGCAACAGUGAAAUGUAUAGUAAUGAUGUGCCCUGGAAUGUUUUGACAGUUUUGAUUGUACACUUGUCAUGUCAUGCCAAGCCUCAAUGUGAAUGCUACAAUUUUCCCUGGAAAAUAAGAUCUCUCGAAAUAAAAGGAAAAACUAUGUCUGGAAACAUGAGAGCACUAUAACAAGGUUAAGUGCUGCUACCCUAACGUAUAGUGCACAGGGGUUCUGCAUAUGAGCUGUGUAGAUUGGGUGGUCUAUGUUAACCUUUGACUUGUUGUCCUGCAACCACACCAUAGCCUUCAUACACAUACACACGAUGCAUAAACACAUAUAUACUGUAUAUGCACUUAUUCAGUGCCAAGUCAAUGCUAAAUAUAAACUCUUGUAGUGAUUAAGUGGACAAUGUGUGUCCACACCAGUGUGCCCAGGCAUACAGCUAAAGCUAUCGUUAUCUGGCCCUGAUAGUAUGGGUCUAUAUAUAGAGGAACCCUGUGACUGAGCUGGCUUUAAGUGUCAAAUUCCAGGCGCACUCAUCUGUCCUGGCUGGAUCAGCACCUGCUGCUAACUAUAAACCCACCCCCGGCACUGCACCCCAGGCUGGCUCACACUAGACAGCCAAUGCCCAACCAAAGCCCAGUCGGGAAAAGAAAAAAGAAUCAGGUUAGACUCAGUAAGUUCUUACCCUGAGGCCAGCUUGGAAAGGAGGGGCAGUAAUAGAGAUGGAGCAUUAGAGGAUGUAACUGAGCGAGAUGUGCCCGUGUGCUUUUUCUCUUCAAGCCUAAUACAUGGCAGUGUGGCACUGCCACACUGAGCUGUACAGAACUGCUCAGUUCUGGAUACAGCAUAUGUGCAGAGAUCCUGUAUACUGGGAGUGUGCUGUUGAUUUUGAGGGGCAUUUCACUGGAUGACAGACAGAUAUUGCAACACAGUGGAACUCAGUGCCUCAUCAUUGGCCAAAGUCCAGGAACAGAGCCCGGAGCAGACGAGACGAGUGGACGGGACUGGCCACAGUGAGAAUUUGGAGCUUGUGGAGUAGCGAUGGACAGCUGGACUCUCCAGGGGGACAGUUACUCCUUCCUGCGCAGUGCGCCCCGCACCUUUUCCUUGUGCCAUCGUGACGGAACCCCAAACCACGUUGAAAUCUUUGACAUCAUCAACGUCCCUACGCAGCGCAGUGCUAUCUCUGAGACAACUUGUCUGUGUGACAUUUUUGGAGACGACUGUGAGUCACCGUCAGUCUCCAGCAGUCCUGCUGUUGGGUCCUUUGUCCCUUCACAGAGGGAGGUGGACGGGACGGCUGCUGCAGCUUCACUGGUGGAUGAUCUUAACGACUCCUCAGGGUCUUACCACACAGCACCAGGCUCUAGUGAAGGUGAGGAGGGGUUUGAAGAUUCACAAGAAAGGCUUCAUAGCCCCCUGUUGUUGAGCUCAUCUUCAGAGAGGUGUCAGUCAGAAGGUGAGGGACUGAGCUCACAACAUACAAACAUUUUUGAGGAGACGAGCCCAGAUUUAGAAGAAAAAAUUAAAUCACCACUCCCUACGCUUGUUGCAGCUUGCCCACCAAGUGAAGUCCUCAACAUUGGUGAGAGGACCUCUUCUCCUGGACAUAAAAGUCCAUAUACGACCAGCCCAGAGGAAAGAGUAUCACCCUUAUCAUCUUCCUCAGUCAAAAAAAGACAUUCAUCAUCAUCAUCAUCAUCAUCACCUAAUCCAAGACAAGCUCAUUCAGAAGCUGAAAUAGAAAGAAUCACCCCUAUUUUAAUAGACAGAUAUAACAGCCAUCACUCGUUAACUUCAAGCCCCGUUUCUGAGCCUAGGAACAGUGUCAGGUCCUCCUCCUCUGAAUCACUGAACAUACAAUUUUCAUCUGACUCACAAUUAGCACAAAACCCACUAGAGCAAAUUAACAGCUAUUUUAACCAACACAGCAGUCCCUCCCCUGAGCCCACGUCUAAAGAUUUAUCUGUAGAUUUGACAGAAUCUUUACGAUCCAGAGGAAUUCUUUCAUCUCCUUUACCUACAGAAGUUAGUACAGAGUUAUCCCGUUCAAGAGAGACAUUGGUGUCCCCUGAUACUCAAGCAUUAUCUCCAUUUUCUGAGCUAAGAGGGAGGGUGUCCCUACCUGAUCUUUUCAGCAGAGGCUCCACACCUGAUGAAGCUUCUCCUUGCUCUCGAGAGCUGAUUUCGACACCUUCUUCUGGAAGAAUAGAUACCCCAUCUACUCCUGAUAGCAAAAACAGGAACUCAGUUGAAGCAUCCAGUAGAGUUUCUACACCUGCCCCACGAUACACACCUCCGUCACCAGUUAUUUCAAUACCCACCUCUCCUGGACUUGUUGAAAUUAGUGUGUCACGUGAAUUAGGACAAACAGCUUCAUCACCUGGCUUGCUCAGUGUUGUCUCUCCAGCUGAGACAAGAACUCCUUCUAUUAGCCCCUCACCUAAAUUAAGACAAGAGGAAUUCACACCUGUGGUCAGUUACAGUUUAUCUCCAUUACCUGACUUUUGGAGUAACUGCUCUCCCUUGGAGCAGAGACAUACUGCUCCCUCACCUGAAAUCAGGAUUACAGCAUCUUCACCUGAGCCCCACACUGAUUCUCCCUCAUCAAGAAGUCUCACUUCAUCCCCUCAUAUCACAGGAAUUUCUUAUACAGUUGUUCAACCAGAGGACAGGGCCACUCCCACGUUUCCUGAACUCUCUCAUCUCUCCACCCCUGAGCCUGAUAGGACAUUUGUGUCCCCUGAAGCAAGUAGCCCUACCCAUAGCAGAGACAGUAUUUGUAGCAGCAUAGUAGAGUCCACUGGUACACCACCAGACUCUCCUCAAAUAUCUGGGUUCACAAGCUCUGACCUGCAGCCUGAAAUAUCUUUGUCAAAUCAACCAAGGUACCUAACACCUUCACCUGAGCCAAAGCAUCGGGCUCCCUCACCUGAGCCAAGAUAUCAUACUCCUUCACCCAUACAGCAACAAAGUCACCCUCCUCAGCAACUUACAAGUAGAGAUCCAGCACCUGUUUACCCAUCUCCUGAGGAGAAUUUACUAGCAACUCUCUCAACAGACUACUGCUUGGAGCAUACACCGCCUAUUACUCCGAGUUCUACACCUGAGGUUAAGAAAUAUUCCUCUUCAGUACACAACAGGUCGCCCUCAUUUAAGUUGGACAGGGGAAACCAGUCAGUUUUUGCUGGAAUUAAAAGCGGUUCACCACUGGUUGCAGUUAGUUUACCCAUUAUAACUUCACCCUUUUCAGACACGGAAGAGAAUUCACCUCAACAACAAAGCACAGAGAGACCUGUUUCUACAAAGACAAAGGAAGCAAACUUUCUGGAUAGCUUGGGAUCUGCCUCCUUCUCUGAGGAAACAAAGGCCUUUGACCGUACCCUUAUUCAGAAAGAGGACAGUUAUAAUAACCCCCCUGUUCAAAUAAAGUCUAUUUCCCCUACUUUUAUAGUCUCUCAGGAGAGGGGUUCAACUAUUUCACCUGUCCACAGGGCUACACCUGACUCACUUUUGCAGAAACUGGAGAAAACACAGCCAGAGUUCACAACUUAUUCGCAAAGUUCUGAAAGCAGUAGCUCAUUAAAAAGUGUCUGUACACCUGAGCAUUUAAGGCGACAACUGCCAACCCAAGUAAGACGUGAAAGCAAAGAGAAGUUCACACAGAACAUGGCCCACGAUGCAAACAGGAGGACCCCCUCACCACCACUCACCAGGUUUACACCUGUCCACAUCAUAGCACCUGAGAAACCAUACCGGCACUGGCAGAACAGAGGCCACAGCCCAUCUCAGCUUGUAGCAUUCUCACCAAGGGGUAAUUUAAAUAAAGCACUGACAAACAGGGAAACCCCCAAUGUUGCCCCCAGUGACAAUAAUAGCCAGGCCCACUGUGUCAGACUAGGAGGCCAACUAGCAAUGGAUAGGGAAUUGCAGCUGGAGGAGGAGAGAGCAGUAGCUAGGGAGAGGCAAAUCCAUAGGGAGAUGGAGAGAGAGAGAAAGAGGGAGGAGCGGGUUCCUAAAAAAGAGGAGGGGUGGCAGGGGGACGCCAGUUACAGAGGGGAACAGGUUGAGCUGUCAUUCAAUGCCAGGAAUAGAAAAGGGCCUGAGAGUCACAGUGCAGCUCUCACAAGCAGAGAGACUCGUCAGGGACUGCCAAAAGUGCAUUCCUAUUCAGAAAGCUUGCUUGCCACCAGACAACUACAGCAACAACAGAGUCUUCUCAGGCUUGCUUCCCAACAAGACACCAGGGGUGGUGGUCCCAGCAGACGGCUUCAACAUCCUGCACACCAGAAAAAAAACAGUGCUCUCGGACGUGCAGCUGCAAGCAGGCCGUGUCGGAGUUCUAGUUCCAGCAUGGGAAGUGAGCUUGAUGAGGCAGAUGAUGAGGUGAAAUGGUUUACAGACUUGGCUUUCCACAGCCUGUCAAGCCCUGAGGUAGAUUACCUUGAUAUGUACAGCUCAAGCCAUCGUUCAUCUACCAACAUUUCUCAACCAUCGACCCAGGAAAGCCCUGCUGGGGUCAAUACCUCCUGGCAGGCCUACGCUGACUUCAGGGGUUCUGCUCCAAGGUUGGACAAUGAUGAAUAUCCCUUCCAGCAAUUAUCCACAAACUACUCAGAUGGCCUAGAUCCAUCAAGGCGCCAUGAGAUGGGCAGCUUUGAGUGUGUUGAUGUGGCCUUGGAGAGAGAAGACUCCAGGACAGUGAGAAGGGGAGUUCCAAAGAGACAGAUCUUGCUGAAGAGAAAGAAUAACGCUGAAGGGAAGCAGGAUGAGAGUAGUGAAAAUAGUAGUCCUGCAGUGAUGCUGGAGAGUCCGUCACCAGAGACUCACACCAGAGAGACAGUGAUGAGACAACAGAGUAUACCGGCAACAACACAAGAAUGCUAUCCUUCUACAUGCAGCCCUGAGCCUAAUCAAAAAAAUGAAAGAAAAUUGAAACAGCAGAAAUCUACAUCCCUGGAUGAAACGGGUUCUAAAACAAAAAUGGCUACUUGUCUCAUCAAGAGUGUGUUGUCCAAAAAGAUUUUAAGUGUUGAUAAAGAAUCAGGGGAAGAGGCGGAAGAAGUGAACCCUGCUUUUGAGGAAACGAGUCUGCCAAUAAAGAGUGCAGUGCCAUCAUUUAAAGUGUCCCCAAAACCUGACACACAUAAAUGUACUUCCACUCCUCAAUCAGAUUAUGGUCUUUCAUCUGAAAGUCUUCCUGGGAGAGUUGAAACAAGCAGAAAGGAUGACACCAAAUCACCAAAAAGCUUUGGACUGAGAUUCAGUAACAGGCCAAGUUCAUCCAGCAGCGGCAGAAGUGUCAGUUUUUCACAGAGCGAUAGUGAAGAGGCUGAUUCUCAAAGCAGGAAGGCAACUUCAUUAAGAUCUGAAAUUAGAUCAGAAAUGAAAGUUCCAUUUGAUAGUAAACAGUUGAGAACUGGAGUGCGAAGGGCAGAUGGCAUUAAAAUUUGGGAUGAAACCGGUGACUCAGCAAAUUCCACUGCUGGGACCAUGGGAGCUCCUUCUGCCACUGGAGCCAGCAACAGUCCGGCCAGAAUGAUAAACAGAGACCAGGAAUUUGAAAACACAGAGGACUUUAAGCAACUCCAACAGAUUGACACUGGUGCCUACACAUCCAAGCCACAAGAGAUUAGGAUCAAAGCUGUGGAGAAAAAGAAAGCUUCUUUAAAUGUCUGUCUCACACCUGAAGCAGAAAACAAAUCUGGGAUUACUUCGCCAGAUAUGUUUUCAAGGGUAAAUGAGGGAAAGAUGGAGCACAAUAUGGAAGAGAAAACUGGGGGAGAUGAAGGAAAUGGCAAUAAUAAAUUAAAAACACCCAUUCACAAAGUUAGAGAUGUAAGACAUCUUGUAAAAAACAAAUACAAUCUGUCUUUCAAGGCACCCAAUACAGUGAUGCCAUCAGAUGUGAAUGAGUUAAUGAUUGAAGAUUUUAAUGAGCAAAUGAGUGAUAUAAACGAGGAAAGAAGGAAAGAGAUCAUAUCUGGGAAGGAGCAAGAGGAAACCCACAAAAUGAGGAUUCAGGAGAGGAGGGAGGAAACUCAAGAGGAGAACAGAGUUGAAAGGGAGGAGGAUCAAAAAGAGGAGGAAGACACAAAGCUGUUGACUUUACCGCCACCUUCCCAAAGUGAAGGAAAGCCCCUGUCUCGUCCACAUCCAAUGCAAAUACAAUGCAAAGCUGUUUGCUGGAAAGAGGACAAAGAUAAAAUGUCUCACUGUAAGAAAGAAAGCCAAGGGGAAAAACCACAGGUUUCUUCAGAGCUUGUCACAGAGGUAAGCAGAGAAUCACAAAAGUCAGAGAACACAAACAAACAGAGUUGUACCACAGAGGAUACAACACAUGACAAACCAUGUCAACAUGAUCCUAAAAUGGCUGCAGACACUGAAGAGACUGUUACAGAAAUGUAUAAAAUGACAGACAAAGAGAGCAAAGCUGUAGUUGUUACAACAGACAGAAAUACCCCCAUGUUCGCAAGCCUGCCCAGAGUGCCCAGUAAAGAAAGAGAGGUGUCCACUGCUGUCGUGUUGAUAAGGGAUGGAUCCAACCAAGCCAAGACGGCUGCAUCUCCAUCCCAUGAAGAUAUUCCCACUCCAGUCCAAAUCCAGAGUGCUUCACUUUCACCAGGACUCACGACCAAUAGCGAUGUCCUUGGCAACACUGCCCACUCAGUUUCCAUGUUUCUGAAAGAGAAAGGCUACCAAGCUGACAUUGGAGCAGUGGUGGGUGAUAGUCUGAAUUCAGUGGAAGGUAAAGGGCCUUUUCAUAAGCAUAUUAACUGCUUGGAGAUCCCCCUUCAAACAUCAAUGCUUUCAGAUGAUGAGCAAAAUGAGCCUCAUAGAGAACAGACGUUCUCCUCGUCAUCCACCAUGUCACACUCAUUGUCAGUGUCAGAAAACAAAGACAUGCUUACAACAAUGACAGAAGCUGGAGGAGUUAACAAUAAACCUACAAUAAAAGACACAGUGAAACAGAAAAGUACCCCUCCACUAAGGAAUACACCGGAGCAAACACCACCUCUCACUAAACCUGGAGAUUUUGAAGCAGUGAAAAGAUUAGAUCCCACAUUUCCACCCAGGUCCCCAGCAGUGAGAAGAUUCAGACAACAGCCAAUUGAGGUUAAGUCAUUAUCAAAAGAAACACAGAAACAAGGUAUACCUGCAAAUUCCACAGUUAAUAAUAUAACUCAAGCAAUUGAAGUUAAAUCGGUUGCUAAAAAUUCUCAAAAGCCAGUUGUGCCCCCAAAGCCAAGCUGCAAAUUUAAACCUGCAGAUUCAGGAAUAAUGCCAAAUGACGCUCAGAAGCCAUCAACAUCAACCGUAAAACCACAAGGUGAGGAGAGGUCCCAAACAAUUGUGGUGUCCUCACCAACUGUUUAUAGAAAGAUCUCCAGUGAGUCCACAACAACUUCAAACUAUUCAAGAAAACUAGCUGUGUCUGCAGUAUCCAGCCUUAAACCACCCCCUAGCAAAACUACAAUCUCCAAUCUCUUAAUUCAGCCAACAACACCAUCAGAGCCAGAAACAAUUAAUAGCAGAGAACAACAACAACCAGCUGCCUCACCUCAAAGCUCCAGAUACACACAGAGAACAACAACCUUAGCCCCAGCAUCAACCACUUGUGCAGGUUUAAUCUCAGCUUCAGGUUCAAUUUCUGACCCAGUGGUGAGCCAAGUCACGGGACCUUCCACAGCUGGAGCCAACCAGGCUAGCCAGCCAGCUGUUACAGAUACAAACAGCCAACCAAUACAUACCAGGAUGGUAUGCCCUCGUGAACAAGCUAUGCUUGUAACUUCAAACAAUACGAACCAACCUGCUGCUGUUCCCACAACACAAGUGCCAUCAUACACACACCAACCCUACCGCAGGUCACUGUCCAGUGAGCGCCCCCGAAGGACAGAUGACCUGUGUUUUUAUGCCUCAGAUGACCCUCCAAGCUAUGAUGAAAGAGAGAGUUUCAGUCCUCUGGUACUACCAGAUAUAACCCCGAGGAAGCCAGUUCGCUAUCAGCCCUCAUCCCGUCCUCCUCCUUGCUCCUGCUCUGUUGGCUACCCUUCCCACCCUGGUCUCUCACCUUCUCACCAUCACCGCAGCCCUCAUAACCUUACUCCCCCUGCUCCUCCUCACUCUCCAGGGCAGGGAGUAUCUUACCCAGUGGCUCAGCUCCCUUUACGCCCCCAUCAGUGCAGACCUGACCCUCAGCCAAUGAGCUACCAGCCCAGUUCUCCCAAAUCAAGUCCUCUUGGUCCAAACCAGCCACUGGCCUUGUACCAACCUCUUCACCAGCCUUUUCACCAACCUCCUCCCUGCCCUCCCCACCCCUCACUGAUGCAGGCUUGCACUGCUGAUCGGCCAAUGCAGCCACCCCAGCAUAUUGACCCUCGACGGCCCCCUGUCCACAGAUCUCCUCAGCAGCAGCCACAGAACAUGGCUGGGGCUCCUUACAGCGAUCCUGGCCACGGCCACUCUCCUGGCCUUCCCCCCAUGGAUCCCCAGUACUUGUGUGGGCCUCAAAGCCUGGGGCCUUCUUAUGGCUCUGAAUAUGGGGGUGACAGCUCCAGUUUGUACUCUGAGAGCAGCUAUGGACAGACACCUCGCAGAGUGCUCCUAGAUCCUGAGACUGGGAAGUAUUUUUAUAUCGAGGUGCCUGUACAGCCUCUGAGGAAAAUGUUGUUUGACCCUGAGACUGGCCAAUAUGUGGAAGUGCUCAUCCCACAACAAGCUAUGUCACAUUCAGGCCUGUACCCUCCUUCAGCAGCUCCUUACCCACCUCUCCACAACCCCAACAUGUAUGCGCCUAGUGCCCAGUACAUGCCCUAUUCAGCUCCUCCUCCCCCAGCCCACAGCCAGACUCAGCCCCAGCCACCUCGCUAUCCUGAGGCCUCUGCUGAAGCAACAAUACACCCAAGUGGGUCUGGGGUCAGCUACAGAAAUCAAUCUGGUCAGGGGUCCAAGCUAGAGCCCCAGAACCGUCCACCAUUGGACCAGAACUACCUGGAGAAUAUGUAUUAUGUCCCUACAGGGAUGAAUGCGAGCCCCAAUCCCACCCCACCAGACUAUUACCACAAACAUCCCUCCAACCUUCCCCCAACAGGGGGGGAAAGGUCCUGAAAUAGAGGAUAGAGACCGCCUUCCUGGAGCCUGUUGGGUUUUAAAUAUACAGUAUAUAGAAGUGGGUGUCUAAUGUUAGCCUGUACUGUUAUUUGAGUUUUCACACUGCAACUAAAGACAGCAAUUCUUUGGCUGUUUAUUUGCUGCUGCUUGUUUUGUGCAAACCUGCUUUAAUAUAGAGAAGGGGGUUUUGAAAACACAAGAAAGAGUGUACCUUUUCCAUGAUGUGUUUAUUUGUGAGAUUAUUACAGAAUUUCAAAAUUAUCCAUAAAGGUUUUUCGUCAUUUUUUGAUGCAGGGCAAGAACAUCAUACUGUAAUGUCAACAUUAAUGUGCAUACACUAUACAUCGAUAGGUUUACUGAUUUGUGUACUUAAUGACAACCAUCUAAAAAAAAACUUGAAAAUACUGUUUUAAAAGAACCUCAUAUUUAUUUUGUUAUUGUUUUUCUCGAAUAAUUGAUGAGUGAGUUUUUUUGCAAAUAAUAUAUGCAACAAUGCCAAUAAAAUGUGUCACAUAUUACUGUA